UCUCGAAUAAACUUAACUGUGUACUAGACUAGAAAUAGGUUUGUGACUCAAUGUCAGUCUGUGCUGAAUACAUUUCAUGAUAUCAACGUCUUUUUUCUGUUUUCCUGUCAUUAGCACCAAUAUAUUUCAAUCAAGAUGUCGUUGUUCACCAAAAUGUUCGGAGGGAAAAAUAAGGAGACGGUCACACCACAACAGGCCAUCCAAAAUUUGAGUGAGGUGCAGGAAAUGUUGAUGAAAAAGUCAGCAUUCCUUGAAAAGAAAAUUGAGGGAGAGCUGGCUACAGCGAAAAAGAACGGAACGAAGAACAAGAGAGUUGCCCUCCAAGCUCUGAAGAGGAAGAAGAGAUUUGAGAAGCAGUUAGCAAAUAUUGAUGGAACUUUGUCGACGAUAGAAUUCCAAAGAGAGGCUCUAGAAAAUGCCAGUACCAAUACCGAGGUUCUAAGAGUUAUGGGAUUUGCAGCCAAGGCGAUGAAAUCAGCACAUAAAGACAUGGACGUGGACAAGGUGCACGAUGUAAUGGAUGAGAUCGCAGAGCAGCAGGAUGUUGCCAAUGAGAUAUCUGAGGCUAUCUCCAACCCUGUAGGCUUCGGGGAGGAUGUGGACGAGGAUGACCUUUUAGCUGAACUAGAAGACCUAGAACAGGAGCAGUUAGACGAACAGCUACUAGAUGUUGGACCCAUCGGUGAAGGGUUGGUAGACUUACCGUCUGUUCCUACUGCAGAACCAAAGGCCACCAGGAAGGUUGCCGUAGCAGAUGAUGAUGAUGACAUGAAGGAGCUUGCUGCCUGGGCGAGCUAAAGAUACCAAAAAUGUGCUGAUACACACAGACACUUGCCUUAUGUUAUUUAUAAUGUGCAGACCUAUCUAGAUUGACCCAGGCUGAAGGCAGCCUUGCUGAGUGUUGAUAGAUGUGGGAUACUGAGUUAAGGAUUCAAGGAGAGUGUGAUAGCUAGAAUUCAAAUUUUGCCAUUACUCUUAUUCCUAACAUAUCUAAAGAUCAUUGCAGUCGAUAGAAUUUAAUUGUUGUUAAAUAUUUUAAAAAAAAUGCAUCUUGAUGCCAUUAUUUCACCUGGAACUAGUCCAGUCUUACACGAAGUCUCUGCUGUGGAAAGGACGGUUAGGCGUAAAGUGCAUAUUACCACACUGACCGGUGAUCAGGGCAUGCUUGGUAAUAAGCUAAGCCCUUCUUAAACAAGCUUCACUUAUGUCAAAUCUGGAAACAUUUGUUCCAAGUUAAAUAGUAUGAACAUUUUACUCCUUUAUUAUGAUUGCAUCACUUUGCUAAUCACAGACAAUAUUUUAAAUUAUGAAAAUCUGUUAACACAUUCACCCCUGAAAACACACUUGAACUCUUCCAAUUCAAAGGUUGGAAUAGUUCAUUAUGAAUUUUCAGGGGUGAAUGAGUUAAUACAAUAGGUAAAUCUAAAAUUAAUUCCAAUUUAAGAAAGAAAUGAUUUAAAAGGUCCUGGACAGUUCAUACUUUGAUUUCUUAUCCCUUUUAUAAAAAAAUUGUUAUUGUUUUCAUUUGCUCUUUGAUAAAGUCAUCAAUAUUUUUAAUGUACUUGCAAUUUUAGCACAACAGACUUCUGUUGAACAAUGUUGUUUGCAGCUUUUUGAGAAGUGUUGAUUACAAAACAGCUCACAAUAGCACGAUAAGUAUAUAGUGAGGAUGGGUGUGUGUUUGUGAGUGUGCGCAUGUGUUUGGAGAAUUGUAUUUAUACUUCAAUUGACUUUUCACUGUAAAUGGUUUUACCUUCUUUGCUAUAACAUAUUUUGUAUAUUCUAUUUUCUUGACUGUAUAAUAUGUGCAUAUUUCCUAACUAUCCUUGUGUUUAUAGAUAAUCAAUAUGAGUAUAUGUAAGAAAUUCUGGAGUGUAGAUAAUUGUGAAUAUGUAGAUGAUGUGAAUAUAACCAUAUGAAUAUUGUAUUUGUUUACAAUUUUCUUUAUUUACUGAUCAUUUGGGUAUGAAAAUUGAUAAAAGAAAUAAAUAUUAAAAUGGAUUAUGUUACAUUCUGUUUGAAGUUAUUCAUUUUGACUUUUAAUAUGUAGUUACUCUGUUAAAUACGAAAUAAAAUUUUGGGAAUACUGUUACAGGUGAAUGAGAUUAUCUUACCUAAUUCUGGUGAAAACCAGUUUUUAGGCCAAAAUUGCCCUGAGAAAUGUAAUAACAUCAGAAACAUUCUUAAAAAAGUGAAUUUCUGAGGCCUGCUUGCUCCUCUGCAAAUAAUUUUUACACCCCUGAUUUGGGAUAUUUAGCAAAAAAACUGUUCUGAAGCAAGUGUAUGGAAGAGUUAAAUAGUAAAUGAAAAAGGUUCUGGAUAUCUAUGUAUCUAAACAAAACUUUUAUUUUCAUGUUCCUGAAAAAAAGUUUCUUUUUGGUGAGUUAUUUGUAAAAUCAUACAUGUUUAUUUAUGCAAGCUCCUUCUUUCAUGAAUUGCUUUAUUUUUUAUAUUAUGUAAAAAUUAAAAACUUUCCGGUGUGAAAAAGAAGCUCAGCAAAACAAUAUCUGUCAAGUGGCCCUGUUACCAUUUGUAUAAAAUCAUGGGUGAUUCACAGUUAUAUGUGAAUGCCCAAUAGGAGUUGAAAAGUUUGUGAGGGCAUUGUCACUGUUGCUAAGAAUAAAAAAUGGGGAUUUACUGUAAAAUAAUCAUUGUAUUGUCCUGUCUGAUUAAUCUGGGACACUUGGUGGAUAUCCUUUCUAAAUAUUGCGAUAUAAUAAAGAUACCGAAAUCCAACAUAGCCACUGUCUAUCACUUCUGAUUGACUGAGCAUAAAAAGUUCAAGACAAUUUUACAAUUUAGGCUGACAAUGGCGAUGAUAUUACAAGGUCUUAAAGAAUUUAUAUAGGCUUGCCUGUUAUUCGAUCCAUUUGACCAUAACUCCAUGUCAAUAAAAUCUGUUGAAAUGAAAGGUCUUACUGUAUUUACAAAAUUAUAAAUAAAUGAAAUUUAAACUGCUAUGCUUUUUGCUUUAACUGCUGUACAUAUAUAUUAUAGCAUGUGUUGAAAAAUUGUCUGCCUCUCGCAAAGAAAAACAAAUGUGGACUUCUGUCAGAAAAUUUAAAUUUUCAUUUAUUGUUGUAUGCAUCUUUUAUUUUCCUAGAUUUACUUCAAAAUGAAUCAAUUGAUUUUCCAAAGCCCAUCAUUUCAACACAUUGUUCAUCUUUCUGGUGCUUUGUCCAGGUGAAUUUCAUUAAAAAGUUGAGUUUGUUAUUGUAAAUAUUUUUCAUAGUUUUUGGUAAGAUUUCACUUUCUAUUUUAAAUAAUUUUCCCCUUGUUUUAUGAAUAUAUGAGACAAAUGCAAAUCCUUGAAUAAGACAUUAGUUAUCAACAAGUGUACAUGUAUAGAUAUUUGUAAAAAUUGUGAUCACACAUUGAAAUAUUUUCUUAAAACAUUUGAACCACCUUUCAAUAGGCUUCCAGUCUAUAUGAAUGAAAAAUCUGUCCUGGAACAAAUCAUCAAACGACUGUUAAUGAAUGUAUACAUGUUUGUUUAAAGUUUUAUGUUAUCUCUUGUGAUAUGGUUUUCAAGAAAGGGGAUCUUCAGCUACGGUUAUCUGCUUACAUACUACACCUGUAAUUUGUGUUAGAGUUAAGGCUAUAUGCUACCUUUAACAGUAUGUUUCAUAUUUUGAUCAGAGUUAUCUCGCCUGAGUAUAAUUCAGAACCUCGAUAAUUUUAUGAACGUGUUCAUUCUGAUUUCGGUUGUGUUGAUAGUCCAAAUUACAACAUAAAAGACAGUACUUUUAGGAUUCUUAGUUUAGAACUCUUUUGGGAAAGAGAUAUGUAAAGUAUGGUAGGAUACAGCCUUAACUAAAUAUCCUUAACAGUGAGUCUAUAACCUUAUCAUAAAUAGACAGUUUAAAGAAUUCAUAUUCUUGACUGAAAAAAUAAGGUUAACACUGUAAAACCCUGUUACACUGCCACCUUUUGCUGGGUGAAAUUUCAGGGUGGAUAACACACUUGGGGAGUUGUAGAAGUUAUUAAGUAAAUCAGAAAAGAGGACUGGUGAUAUAUUUUGGGUCAGUGAGGUGGCAGGUGAAACAGAGGGCAGUAUAUCAAGGUUUUACUGUAAGGCAUAUAUUUAUUUUAUGGUUUAGAUGAUUUUCCCAACUUUUUUGCACAGUAUCUAAAUUCUCUAAGAGAGAUUGGCUUUGAAGUUUCAUUGCUUAUAGCAUUAAGGUAUACCUGUAGUUAAUAUCAAAAGAUGAGAUUUCACCUGAAACGUUACCACUUACUGGUAUGUAUUGUUAAACUAUAUUCUAAUUGUAAGAUGACAUGUUGAUAGUAAAACAGUUUUUAAAUUAUC